GGGCCUCAGUGUGUAACGAGAGAGGAGACCGGCGACAUCUCCGGUUAUUUUAACACACAGAGUGCUCAUAGGAUUCUGUCAACGCCACGGUAAUCUGGAACCUGAACACAUCAUUUCAGUGUGAGUCCUGUAGGAACAGAGAAGAGGACACGAUGUCUCCUGUGUGUGUGCUGCUGAUGUUUGUGUGUCUGCAGAGAGGACAGGUGAGCACAGCCGUCCCUGAAGUGCAGAUUCUGAACCUCAAGGUGGAGUACGGAGAGUCAGCCAUCUUGCCCUGUAAUGGCUCCGCCUACCUGGGGGAGAAAGGGAUCGUCAACUGGGAGACGAGUAUGGGGAAGAAGGUGGCGAUUCUGCGGUUUGUGGAGGAAAAAGAGUGGGAGAUGUUUGAGGUCCAGUCUGAGGUGCAGCUGCCGACAGAUGAGCAGCUCCACGGAGGAGACUGGUCUCUGGUCCUUCAGCCGACCAUGCUGAGGGACUCGGGGACGUAUGAGUGCAUCUGGGAGGGACAAAGACAAGCGAUCAUGUCCACAGUUUGGCUCACAGUGAACGAGCCGCACAUUGAGGACGGCCUGCUGUGUUUUGAAGGUGAGACAGUGACUCUGAAGUGUUACCUGUCGCUCUCCAGGAGUCAGAACCCCAGCAGUCUGCAGGUCGGGUGGACCAAGGACAGACAAACCUUAGUGUCGACAGGAGAAGAGCGUACCUACCCUGCUGACGACGCUCACCGUUUUCAAAUAUCUAUGAUUUCUACGGAAGAGUAUCAUCUCAAGAUCAGCCCCACGCGGUUAGGCGACAACGGGGCGUACCACUGCUGGUAUAAAACCAGGGACUCUGAGUCGCCCAGGCCGGGGUUACCCAGCAUAUUCCAUCUGUCUGUGCUGGAGUCGACCUUUAAAGGUAUUCCAAUGAAAGGACAACGAGGUUUUAUCCUCUGA